GCGGACGAAGGGCAUGAAGCGCGUCUCCCCCUCGAGGCUCUGGGAUCGGGUCGCCGAGCGACUCGGCACCGACCGAGAAUCCGCGCAGCUGGAGGUGCUUCUCGCGGCGGGAUACUCGUGGGACGACUCCACGGGCGAGCUAACGUCGUGGCCGAUCAAUGACCGACCCGAACCCCGCUCGCCUCCGCCCGAAGCGCCCGACGGCGCGCGCGUGAGCUCCCCAAUCGACCUGUGCGGCUCCCCCGAGGGGUCGAACCGCGCGGUGAGCGAGACCCCUUCGCCGACGCCCCUUCGCGCGAGACUCGGCGCGGCGCCGAGGACGAUGACGAGUCCGGAGGUCAACGACGAGGACGAGGAAAUCGAGAACGAACCCGCCUCCGCGUCUCGGCGCGCCAUCGACGCGACGAAGACGAGCCGGCGACGGGGUCACGGCGUCCAGCCCGACGUGAGAUUAGCGGCGGGCCAAACAGGCGACGCGAGCCGGCCGAAAAAACGACGGCUCAAGGCGGACAACGACGGCGGCGACGGCAGAGACGACGUCGGAGGCGCCGUGGCGCUGGAGGAUCGGCUCGGCGAGUGGAUCAAACGCGACGACGAACUGUACGAACGGAUCCUGUUGAUGAAGACGGUGGACGUGGACGACGUCGCGGCGGCGCUGAGAGCGGACGGCGGGCCGGACAAGGAGAACGCGUCGGAGAACGCGUGGACGAAGAAGGUUCCGAGGACCAAACUCCUCGCGUACCUCGAGUCCGAGGGCGUCGCCGUGGUGUCCACCAAGAGCCGACGAGGGAAUAAGACGCACUUCUGAAGACGCGACCAAGAUUAAUUAGCGCUAGAUGAACGUAAGAUUAGCGGCACGACGUAAGAUUA